CUCGAACACGACUGAUUAUGAGAAGUCUGUUGCACUUAAGGGCUCGUUCGAUAUUACCACCAUACAUAGUAGCACGUGUCAUCCAGCAGGGGGAACCAGUCUACAGUGAUAAACAAGGACUAUUAUGACAAGUGAAACUAGAUUUAUUAUUUAAUGUUAAAGUUCGGGUCAUUUUUAAGAAGUUGUCAUUCUUUAAAUAUUUCGGAAAAUUUAAUAUAUGGCAAAAUUAGUAGUGAAAUUCUGAUGUGACGUUUAGUUUAGCGCUUAGCUUAUCAAAGUAGACUAAUAUGAACAACGACGUACUGUGGAACCAACAAGCAAUCUUAGCUCAGCAAAACAAGAGUUGUGUUUGAGAGAAUAUUCUCAAUAAUGGCACCGUUGUUCAUGAUAUUAAAACAUUACAAUAUGUUGUGACUUACUGGCAGAUUGCACGUGUAGCCUACAGAUCCAACCAUAAACUAAUAAAUAUUACGUAUUGUACAUGCAGGCUAUGAUGUCAUCUGCCUGAACACCACAAACAGCAGCUGAUUCAGGGGUACUUGGAUAACGGAGUACAGUUAACAGCGGACAGUUGACAGUUUGCCACAGGGAACCGUGGAGCGAAACUAGACCUGCCCGACAAAUCUAGGCACAUCGUCACAGCGUCCAGGAGGAGGGAUCACUGGGAGAGAGAGGGCUCCAAAUAUCGCACUCAUGUAGCCGGUGGUAGAUGUUGUGUAUAACCUCGGUUUUAAUCUGUUGGACUUUUAUUCGGUUACGUUUUGUGAUCGUCCUUUGUGAAUGUGACCAUGAAUUCCGCUGAACAGACAGUUACGUGGCUCAUUACAUUGGGUGUCCUGGAAUCCCCGAAAAAGACCAUCUCAGAUCCAGAAGGAUUUUUACAGGCAUCUCUCAAAGAUGGGGUGGUCCUUUGCAAGCUGUUGGAACGACUGCGCCCAGGGUCCGUCGAGAAAAUUUGCCAGGAACCAAGAAACGACUCCGACUGCCAGACCAAUAUUAGAGAGUUUCUCAAAGGUUGUACUGCAUUUCGCGUGGAGACAUUUGAGGUCAAUGACCUGUUUCAGGGACAGAACUUCACCAAGGUGUUAAAUUCCUUGGUGUCGUUGAAUAACGCUACUGCAGAGAUUGGACUGGUUGGAGACUCCGUAUGCAGGCAUCACUCCUCCACCCAUCGGAUAAAGUCCUUCGAGUCGCUCUCCUCCCAAACCUCCCACAGCCGCUCCUCAAGACUCCUGCACAAUCAGUAUCGAAGUCUGGACAUGUCUGAGAGCGGGGGCCAGUGUUUGGUGGUGAAGGCGCGCUUCAACUUCGAGCAGACCAAUGAGGACGAGCUCUCCUUCUGCAAGGGUGACAUCAUCCAGGUCAUGCGCCCAGAAGAGGGGGGCUGGUGGGAGGGGAUGCUCAACGGCAAGAGCGGCUGGUUCCCCAGCAACUAUGUGCGCGAGGUCAAAGACAAAUCCGUUUCUCCCAAGUCAGGGACCCUCAAGAGCCCCCCCAAAGGACCUGACACCACUUCCAUUAACAAGACCUACUACAAUGUGGUGCUACAGAACAUUCUGGAGACGGAGACAGAAUACUCCAAGGAGCUCCAGAGCCUGCUGUCCUCUUACCUACGCCCACUUCAGUCCUCAGAGAAGCUGAACCCUGCUGAUCUCAGUCAUAUCAUGGGAAACAUAGAGGACAUCUGCACCUUCCAGCAGAUGCUGGUCCAGUCACUGGAGGAAUGCACCAGACUUCCAGAAAGCCAGCAGAGGAUAGGGGGCUUCUUCCUGAACCAGAUGGCCCAGUUGAGCAGUCUGUAUGUGGCCUACUGCUCCAACCACCCCUCCGCCGUCAGCGUGCUCACCCAGCACAGUGAAGAGUUGGGUGAGUUCAUGGAGUCCAAGGGGGCCAACAGUCCAGGCAUCCUCACCUUGACGACAGGCCUCAGUAAGCCCUUCAUGCGACUGGACAGAUACCCCACCCUCCUGAAAGAGCUAGAGAGACAUGUGGAGGACCAACACCCAGAUCACCUGGACCUACAUAAGAGUAUGACUGCCUUCAAAGGCCUCACUACGCAGUGCCAGGAGGUGCGGAAGAGGAAGGAGCUGGAGCUGCAGAUUCUGACGGAGACGAUCCGCUGCUGGGAGGGGGAGGACAUUAGGACCCUGGGGAGCGUGCUCUACAUGUCCCACGUGUCCAUCCUCAGCCCUGGCAGUGAGGAGAAACAGGAGCGAUACCUCCUGCUGUUCCCUCAUAUUCUCCUCAUGCUCUCUGCCAGCUCCAGGAUGAGUGGCUUCAUCUACCAGGGGAAGAUGCCUCUGACGGGCAUGAUCCUCAACAGGCUGGAGGACGGCGAGCAGCUCAAAAACACCUUUGAAAUAUCAGGGACUAUGAUUGACAGGAUUCAGGUGGUGUGUAACAGCCCGCAUGAUCUGCAGGAGUGGGUGGAGCACCUGCACAAACAGACCAAACGCACAUCUGUGGGUGCAACCAGCAUCAAGCCACAGUCGGUGCCCUGCCACACGCUCCCGUCCCACCCGGUCACCCCAUCCAGACAUUCAGAGAACCGUGGGACUCUGGGGUCCCCCGCUUACCACACCCUGCCCCACCACUCCACCCACGGGGCUCCCUUCAGCUCCAUGAUGUGGGGGCCGCUGGAGCCGCCCAAAACACAGAAGCCCUGGAGCCUGAGCUGCCUGCGCCCCGCGCCCCCCCUACGGCCAUCGGCAGCUCUCUCCUACAAAGAGGACCUCAGCAAAAGCCCCAAGAGCAUGAGGAAGCUGCGACUGCGCAAACCUGAACGGAAGCCGUCGGAUGAGGAAUUUGGUGUCAGGAAAAGUACGGCGGCUCUAGAGGAAGAUGCUCAGAUCCUGAAGGUGAUCGAGGCCUACUGCACCAGUGCCAAAACACGACAGACACUCAACUCCACAUGGCAGGGGACUGAUUUGAUGCAUAAUCAUGUGCUGGUGGAGGUCAACCAGUCAGGCGUGGACGCUGUGGGUGUCCAGAGCGGUGGUUCUCGCACGGAACCGUGCUCUGACCUCUCUGAAGAUUCGGACUAUGACAGUAUAUGGACAGCCCAUAGUUACAGAAUGGGUUCCAUCUCUCGGUCCAGGAAAGAGUCUGGACCUCACAUGCUCUUCCCAGAGGAGGAGAAGAUAAUUGUGGAGGAGACGAAGAGCAAUGGCCAAACCGUAGUGGAGGAGAGGAGUUUGGUGGACACAGUAUAUGCGUUAAGAGAUGAGGUGCAGGAGUUGAAGCAGGACAACAAGAGGAUGAAGAGGACACUGGAAGAGGAGCAGAGGGCACGGAAGGAGCUGGAGAAGAUCGUCAGGAAAGUGCUGAAGAACCCAAACGACCCCCCCUGGGACGAGACCAACCUGUGAACGCUUUCAUGGUCGACCUUGGGAUUGCACGGGCUCAAACAGAAUGCCUGGGUGAAGCCGUGAAUCCCCUUGACCAGAGCCAUGCCAUAGCUUUAAACUGGAUGAGUGCUGAACGAGGUUGGAUAAGCCUCGGAGCCAAAGGUGGUCACCUCAAGUCAGUUGAGCCAGCGCCCCACCAAACCUACCUGACUCUGGGUCAGGACCAAGCCCUUUCAAAUGAGUUCCAUCUCAUCCUGGAUGUUUCCAAUGGAAAACUGUGCAGAACAAUACUGGAAGCUCUUCACAUUGACUUCUUUUACACUUGAUUUGAUUUCUUUGAGAUAUUUUGUGUUUUUUUUAAUUACCUCAGUUUUUUAGCUAUUUUAUGUUACUUGAUAAUUGAGUAUGGGUUUUUGACUUUUUGAUGAUUUUCUGUAAGAUUAUUUCUCUUUGUAAUUUUAUUAUGUACAUAUAUGAAUACACCCUGUGUAUUAGAAAUGAUGCUAAGAAAUGUGCCUUUGAAAUCAAUUUCCUAAAAUUGCUUGCAUUUCUAGCAGUUUUCUUAGCAUUUCAAGGUGGUCUUUGAACGCACUACUCAUUUAAAAUGAGAAAAAAAAAUGAAUGCAAAUCUACUUUUCUGACAGUCAAAAAUUGUCUAUAUUCUUCCACUAAUUUAUGUAUUUAAAAGAAAUAUCCUGAUGACAGGACUGUAACAGAUAAGAGGGUGAGUUAGUCUUUCUCCCCAGGCCUGCUCACUUCGACAGUUUUACUCUUCUGUCCCUUUCUCAGGAGACCUUCUCAUCUCUCUGUCCUUUCUUUCCUCCACAUGGCACCUUCCCCUUGUUCACUUCAUCUCUCUCUCUCUCUCUCUCUCUCUCUCUCUCUCUCUCUCUCUCUCUCUCUCUCUCUCUCUCUCUCCUGUCCUCCAUCUCUCUCUUUCUGCGCUCCCCUCACCCUCAAGCUUGUAUCACUGUGUCUGCGGAUUAAAUCUGUAAAGAGA